AUGUCUCCUACUAUAACCCCAAGAAGCCUCAUCAAUAGCCCAGAUUAUGUGAAACUCAAUGUGGGAGGACGAAUCUUUUCCUGCUCCAAAAUCACCCUGACUUCGUGUUCAGGAUACUUCAGCUCCAUGUUUUCCAACGAUUGGCAGGGAACUUGUGAGCAUGAAAUUAAGGAUACUAUAUCUGUUUAUUUUUUGGAUCAAGAUCCAGAUGCCUUUCAAAUACUGCUGAGUUACAUGAGAAAUGGAUUCAUCCGGUCAUCCGCCAUUACUGAAACCGUCUUGAUAGAAGCAGAAUUCCUAGGUCUUGACUCUCUCAUCAAAAGUGUCAAAUGUUCGGCGUACCGCUAUUUGCACAAUCAUCACAGCCAGUCGUUACAAGAAGACGAAACUUGCAAUUGCUUUGAUGAAAAAUAUGGUGGAAUCUUAUCUUCCAUUCAACAAGGAAUAUUGCCACAAUCCAUUCAACCCAGUGUCAGGGGUCGUAAGGAAUUUGCGCAUCUUGGUAUUUCCAACGAUACAGCUGUAAUACCUACUUCCAAUAACUCAGGGAAUGAGAACUUACCCUGUCUCAUGACCAAGCUGAUACUGUCACAAGCAUGCUGGAGAAAUGAUAAUGAUGAUUCUACUUCAACACCAACGACGAUACAAACACCAACCGAGUCACAGCAGUCGUCGUCAGCAGAGUUAUUGGCGACCGGUGAUCCACCAUAUUGCUUUCCGACUCUUAUUGAAUCUCUUAAUUGGUUGCAUCGAAAUGGUUUCGUGGAGAAAGAGACUGACUUUUUGCAUUGUUGUGCCGACAUUUACGAUCAACAACCAAUAGAUCCAAGAAUCAUUCAAUUGUUUGGCCACACUUGGUUCUCGCGGAGAGUAGUCAAGGGUGAGGAAGAAUCCAAAAAUAUAAGCACAAUACCACAUUGGGAGUCUCCAAUCUUGUACGAUGAUGGACCAUCAGGAAUGAAUCAAAAUGUUAACAGAACUUUAUUGAUGGAUCGGCGAGAAUUUGCUGCGAUGGUAUCCUUAUUUCCCGAAUAUCAAGGAGAUCCAUUGAAACGCGAGUUUGUCGUCGCACCGUCUACUGGAAAAAUCAAUCUGAAAGUCAUUGAUGAUGCGGCUGAGGUGGGCUAUGCUACCUCUUAUACCAAAUACAUUCACAAAAAUCCAGUCCAAUGGCUGGCUACUCAAGGCUACACAAGAGCGGAGAGGGAAUACAGCAAAUCGUUACAGCAACUAUAUCGGGAAGGUAGUUCCAAGGUUCAUCUUUGGGACAAUGAAACGAUUUCUAGGAUUCAUGUUCGAGUAUUCUCGAGGGAUUUGGUGCAGUGA